GGGGAGGGCAGAAGAUAAAGAGAGGAGGUCUCGUUUUUGGUAGCUAAAUUUAGAAGAAGCACCGCGGGAAGUUGUAGAGAGAUUGAGAGGAAAAGUUUCGCCUCUCAAUCUUCCGUCUUUGUUCUUUUUCCUCUCUAAUUUGUAGAGAGAUCGAGAGGAAAGAGUUUUUGGUUUUAUGAGGCCUUUCGUAUUCCAAUACUUUAUUCUUACAUCUUCCAAUCCUCCCAAUUCUUGCCCUUCUCGGGUUUCUAUCUUUUCUUGGUAAAAAAGAUCAAGUUUUGGAGCUCCCAAAAAUUUUCUUUUCAGGUUCCUUUCGGUUAAUCUCUGACGAAAACCUUGAAAAGAUUGGAUCUUGAUUGGAAAAUCCAGUAAAUUCUAAUGGGGAAUUGCUACGCCGCUCCCAUUGAUCGCGAGAAGAAGGCGACGACGAAGAAGAAGAAGGAUAAGAAGUCCAAUCCUUUCUCCCUCGAUUACCGCCGUGGAGGCACACCCCGCCUCGUCGUCCUCAAAGAUCCCACCGGCCGGGACAUCGGUAGCCGAUACGAUCUGGGUCAGGAGCUCGGACGCGGGGAAUUCGGCGUCACCUACCUCUGUACUGACAAGGCCACGGGCGAGCUCUUCGCCUGCAAGUCGAUUUCCAAGAAGAAGCUGCGGACUGUCGUGGACAUCGAGGACGUGAGGCGGGAGGUGGAGAUAAUGAGGCAUUUGCCGACCCACCCCAACAUCGUGAGCCUUAAGGACACCUACGAGGACGAAGGCGCGGUCCACCUCGUCAUGGAACUAUGCGAAGGAGGGGAGCUGUUCGAUCGGAUUGUUGCGAGGGGGCAUUACACGGAACGGGCAGCCGCCAUGGUCAUCCGAACAAUUGUUGAAGUAGUGCAGAAUUGCCACACGCAUGGAGUGAUGCACCGAGAUCUUAAGCCCGAGAACUUCUUGUUUGCAAACAAAAAGGAAAAUGCCCCUCUGAAAGCAAUUGAUUUUGGGUUGUCUGUAUUUUUUAAACCAGGUGAGCGCUUUACUGAGAUAGUUGGAAGUCCUUAUUACAUGGCUCCGGAGGUCUUAAAGCGAAAUUAUGGCCCAGAAGUUGAUGUCUGGAGUGCAGGAGUCAUCCUGUACAUCCUGCUUUGUGGUAUACCACCAUUUUGGGCAGAAACGGAACAAGGCAUUGCACAGGCAAUUAUUCGUUCUGUUGUCGAUUUUAAAAGAGAACCAUGGCCUAAAGUUUCUGAUACUGCCAAAGACCUUGUUAAGCAGAUGUUAGAUCCAGAUCCUAAAAGACGUUUGACGGCUCAGGAAGUGCUGGAUCACCCAUGGCUGCAAAAUGCCAAGAAGGCUCCCAAUGUCAAUCUCGGUGAAACUGUUCGUGCAAGGCUUCAGCAAUUUUCGGUGAUGAACAAACUUAAAAAGAGAGCUCUUAGGGUGGUGGCUGAACAUUUAUCCAUGGAGGAGGUUGCUGACAUAAAGGAUAUGUUUGACAAGUUGGAUAUAAACAAAAAAGGGCAGUUGACACUUGAGGAUUUAAAAUAUGGUUUGCAUAAACUUGGUCACCAGAUGGCUGAUGAAGAUGUUAAGAUACUAAUGGAAGCAGCUGAUGUUGAUGGAAAUGGCACCUUGGACUAUGGAGAAUUUGUUGCCAUCUCGAUCCACCUCAAAAAGAUUGGGAACGAUGAGCACCUACACAAGGCCUUUCAAUACUUUGAUCAAAACAAGAGUGGAUACAUAGAAAUCGAAGAGCUCAGGGAUUGCUUAGCUGAUGACAUAGGUCCAAAUCAUGAAGAAGUGAUUAAUGCCAUCAUUUGUGAUGUAGACACAGACAAGGAUGGGAAAAUAAGUUACGAGGAGUUUGCUACGAUGAUGAAGGCCGGGACAGACUGGAGGAAGGCAUCGAGACAGUACUCAAGGGAGCUGUUAUAUAGCCUCAGCUCGAAACUGAAGAAAGAUGGAUCUUUGAACUGAACCGAGACACAUCUGUGAACAUCAAAGAAGAAUAUCUGUAUUUGCUGGUUUGCAAUAUUCUUUCUCCUCGUUUGUUCCUCUACCGAAGACUUCAGCGGCUUCCGCCUAUUUUCUUUCUCUGGUUUCCUUGAUAUGGUAAGGGUCUAAGGGGAUUGCGGAUGUUUGAGACUCGUGAAAUGUGGAUAACCAAGGCAUAUCACUGGGGGGGUGUAUGAUUGUAAAUGUGUAUGCAUUUCUAGACUGCUAAAGCAGGCACCUGAUUGUAAUCUUACACCUUAUAAUAUAUUCGAGUGUAUCUACCCUUUGUA